GCUCGCCGCCUCGCGCCGCACCAUGUCGAGCAGCGAGAAGACGAGAGCAACCAAUGUGAUUUACCAAGCCCAUCACGUCAGCAGAAGUAAGAGAGGACAAGUUGUCGGUACCAGAGGUGGAUUUCGAGGCUGCACGGUUUGGCUAACAGGCCUUUCUGGCGCUGGUAAGACAACCAUUGGCUUUGCUCUGGAAGAGUACUUGGUCUCUCACGGCAUCCCCUGCUAUUCCCUGGAUGGUGAUAACGUUCGACAUGGCUUGAAUAAAAACCUGGGUUUCUCAGCUGGCGACCGUGAAGAGAACAUCCGCCGCAUUGCGGAGGUGGCCAGGCUGUUCGCUGAUGCUGGACUCGUCUGCAUAACUAGCUUUAUUUCUCCUUUUGCAAAGGAUCGUCAAAAUGCACGGAAAAUUCACGAAGCAGCUGGUCUUCCUUUCUUUGAGAUCUUUGUAGAUGCUCCCCUAAAUAUCUGUGAAAGCAGAGAUGUGAAGGGCUUAUACAAAAAGGCAAGAGCUGGAGAGAUCAAAGGAUUCACGGGGAUUGACUCAGAGUAUGAGAAGCCCGAAUCUCCUGAACUAGUAUUGAAAACGAAUGUUUCAUCAGUGUCUGAAUGUAUUCAGCAGGUUGUGGAGCUCCUACAAACACAAAACAUUGUCCCACAGUCGUCAAUUAAGGAUGUUCUCGAGCUGUUCGUACCUGAAAAUAAACUUGAUUUUGUCCGAGCUGAAGCAGACAUGCUACCAUCCUUAGAGAUCACUAAGCUGGAUCUGCAAUGGGUGCAAGUGCUGAGUGAAGGCUGGGCCACUCCGCUGACUGGCUUCAUGCGUGAGGCAGAGUACUUGCAAGUGAUCCAUUUUGGCACCUUGCUGAAUGAUGGCAUUAUCAACUUGAGCAUCCCCAUUGUGCUGCCCAUUUCCAUGGAGGAUAAACAGCGCCUCAAUGGCUGUAAUGAAUUUACACUCACCUACAAAGGGCGGAAGAUUGCCAUCCUUAAGAAUCCUGAGUACUUUGAACACAGGAAGGAGGAGCGCUGUGCCCGGAUCUGGGGGACCACCUGUCCAAAACACCCGCAUGUCAAAAUGGUGAUGGAAAGUGGAGAUUGGCUGGUUGGUGGAGAUCUCCUUGUGCUGGAGAGGAUCAAAUGGAACGAUGGACUGGACCAAUACCGCCUGACACCACUGAAUCUCAAGCAGAAGUUUAGAGAAAUGAAUGCUGAUGCUGUCUUCGCAUUUCAGCUGCGCAACCCUGUGCACAACGGGCAUGCCCUGCUCAUGCAGGACACGCGGCGUCGGCUUCUGGAGAGGGGUUAUAAAAACCCUGUGCUCCUCCUGCACCCCCUGGGAGGAUGGACCAAAGAUGAUGAUGUCCCGCUGGAGUGGCGGAUGAAGCAGCAUGCAGCAGUGCUAGAGGAGCACGUUCUGGACCCCAAGUCGACCAUCGUUGCCAUCUUUCCCUCUCCCAUGCUUUAUGCUGGCCCCACAGAGGUGCAGUGGCACUGUCGGGCUCGCAUGAUUGCUGGGGCCAAUUUUUACAUAGUGGGCCGAGAUCCUGCAGGCAUGCCUCACCCGGAGACCAAGAAGGACCUCUACGAGCCCACGCAGGGAGGGAAGGUCCUCAGCAUGGCACCAGGCCUGACUUCUGUGGAAAUCAUUCCCUUCCGAGUUGCUGCGUAUAAUAAAGUAAAAAAGGCUAUGGAUUUUUAUGACCCUAAAAGGCAUGACGAAUUUGACUUCAUCUCUGGAACACGCAUGAGGAAACUUGCUCGGGAAGGUGAAAAUCCACCAGACGGCUUCAUGGCCCCUAAAGCUUGGAAAGUCCUAACUGAGUACUACCAGUCGCUGGAAAAAAAUAAUUAACGCUACUUCUCCCUAGAAAUGUGUGUAUUAAGAGUGAGCAAUGAUUGAUUGAUUUCCUGUGAUACAGAUCAGUUAACUUGGCAUUUUCAAUAUUCUGACUGUAGGAUUUUUCUAAACAAAGUCAGAGUGGUUUUAUUUUGCUAAUCAAAAAUAUUUUGAGCCUGAUCCUUCUCCCCUGGAACUUUGCUGAGAGCUUCCCCGUCACGCUGGAAGAGAAGGGGAGCAGGCCCUUCGUUCCCAGCCCAAUGUGGCUCCAGAAAGCAGUCACCUCGCGCAGGGUUUGCGUUGGCCAGUUGGAGUGUUUAGUGCCACCCUGGCCACGCACCGGUCGCCAGUGCAGAGUUGGGACCUUGUUGCCAGGAUGAAAAACAUGUUCCCCCCCCACACACACUUUGCGAAGCAGAAAUGAAGUGACUUGCCAUCCCCCCUUGACCCGUGUGUGGUCGCGCUGCUGGCCAGAAGAGCUUUCUGCGAGGUGAGGCAGCCCCAGGAAAUACCAGAGGGAGGCUGCAAGGCACCCUGUGCUCACAGCAUGGACGACACGCUGGUGGGGGGAGAAUCUCUCCUGGGAGGCAUCUUGAAGACCAGAUCGGUGAGAAAGCUCAGGAACACACAGUCAGCAAGUAAAAGUUGCAACGGUGGUUGCAUGGUUUUACUUGUACGCUUGCACCUGGCAGGAAGAGCUUGUCUAAGGGCAGGAUUGGACCCUCCCUUCCCCAGCCCUCACCCCUCCGCUGUGAAAGGCCAGUUCAGAACGAAGAAUGGUGACAAAACCCAAGUGUCAAGUGGGUCCAAGUCACUGCACCCGCAAGGAGCCAGGCAAGGGAUUGCUCAAACGCUUCUCCUCUUCGUUCUGCGCGUCCUGCCCCUGAAUCUGGAGCCGGUCGCUUUACAGAUGAGCCACUUUUGCUUUCCACCUGCAGGAUGGCUGACUCUGGCUCCAGCGAGGAGCAUGGCACAAAAAUCCCAGGCGUUGCUUUUUUUUUUUUUUUUUUUUUUUUUUAAGAAAAUAAAAAAAGGAAGGAUCUCCUCCUGCCGCCCAAGGCACUGCUGCAGAGAGGGUUAAGGUGCCCAGAGGUAGGAGCUUUUUCCACAUCUGCUGAUGGAAAGUUACUGCAGCAUGGGAUUUUUUUUUUAUUAUUUUUUUUUUGACCUGGACUUUGCCAGCCUGCUUCAUGCUUUUCUGCUGCCUCACAGUUACCGCAGGAACCUCUCACAGGGCAGGGCAGUGUAAAUCUACAAGGAAUGUUUUACCUGGCCUCGGCUGUAGGCCUAGCGAGCAUGUCGCGCUGGCACGCGGCGCCGUAUCAGUUGUCGGUGCGCUUCCAGGCGGUGCUGAAGGUUUGGGGGUUGGAGCGCAAAGCUCAGGUCUGCCUGCCUUGCCGGCCUGGUUGGGGUGCGCUACCUCCGCGGCCACUAUGCUCGGGUGCAGCGUUUCUGUGUGUACGUGUGUGUGGGUGGGAGGGGAACAGCUACGUACUUGUUUGUUAGUUAUUGCACCGACAAGAAUUUCUGAUUUUUAUACUUGUCAUUUUUUUUUAAGCCCCCAAACCGGUCAGAAUGUGUUUUAAAUGAACUGGAAAUAACAUUCUCCUCUCCUUAUAUUUCAGUUUUAAUUUCAAAUGGAUCUACGUUGAGUAAAAAAACGAUCAUGCUUCCACUUGUAAUUUAGUCUAAUGAGCUAUAUCUCAAGUGAAACUGUUUUGCUGUGACCAUGGUACAGUGUCCAAAACUAUGCAAGAAAUUGGAAAUAUUUUUUGCAAAAAGUGUUUCUUUUCUUUUUUUUUUUUCUUUCUUUUUUUUUUUUUUUGGCAAUUUUGAAGUGUUCAGAGUGAAGAGCCCAAAGCUGUAUUAUACCUCAAAAAAAGCUGCAAAGAUAAUGUUAGUGGCUGAAAGCAUACUAGCAAUAGUGCCUUUUAUAUUCAGCCCCUCCGGCAGGGACCUGAAAGAUAAAAGCAAUACUCCAACUUAUAAUUGUAAUAUUUGCCAUUUUUCUAAAGUAAAAAAAUAGUGAACUAGUGUUGUUGCCUCUCAUCUUAAAAUAAUCAAGUGGUUUGAGAAAAUGCAGUAAAUCCAAAGUGGUUACAGCAAAACGUAAAUGUUGUAUUAUCCUUUCAAAAAUAGCAUAGUGUGCUGAUUACCUCUGAUUAAUAGAGUACAUUGAUGAGUUUUUUUUUAAUAGGGUAUUUAUUAAAGACAUGAGACUGGAAUUUGUACCUCAAGUGAUGCAUCUCAUGAUUUAAUAUAUUCUGAAUGUGAUACUCUGCUACAAAACACUCACUUUUAGUACAAAUAAAUAUUUAUACAUAUAACCAA